AUGGCCGAGCAUGCCAUGCUUAAACGCCUCGCUGACCACCCCGAGUCUAACGAAUGCUAUACUCACAACAUGAUUGGGUUUCGGUCGGGGCUCUCGACUGAGGACGCCAUGAGGCUGAUCAAGCACCCUAUCAUUGACUCCUCUUCCGCAGACACCAAGGAAAUUCUCAGCUUGGAUUUGGAAAAGGCUGUUGACAACAUAUCGCAGGCCUUUAUUCUCAAGAGCCUCACAGAGAUUCACGUCGGCAAGCGGGCGUACAAUUUCGUGCGCUCUUUCCUUUCCUCGAGGUCCACUAGACUGAAGAUCGACGAGGUUUUGACUCACGAAAUUCAGCUUUGGCCAAAGGGAACACCUCAGGGGGCUGUGAUCUCCCCGACGCUGUUCAACAUUUCCAUGAUCAACCGGUCGAGGGAGGGCCUUAAACAAGAUGCCGAACAUUAA